UUCGCUCCAUACAUACGUAUAUCUGUCGUACAUUCUUUUGGCCUUGAUGUAUCUAUCGCUACACACACACAAGUGAUCCAAACGCUGUAUACACAUGAUACCGUGGUAAUGUCGAUGCGAGAUAGAGGGCGUGGUCGCGGUGGCCAUCCCUAUGGCAAUCGAUUACCACGCAAUAGACCGAGAACUACCGACGAUCCUGCAACUAAACUCUAUGUCGGCAACUUAGAUCACAGGAUAAACGAGGGCCAGUUAUUCAAAAUCUUUGGCAAAUUUGGCGAUCUGAAUCGGGUCGACUUCGUUUGGCGUCCAGAUGGAAAGCCAGCAGGCUUCUGCUUCGUCAUAUUCCAGACAGCCAGCGAUGCAGUGAAGGCCCAGUUCAAUGUCAACGGGCGCUUGGCCAUGGGACGUCGUUUGGUCGUGUCGUUUGCCGAGGAAAAACCGACUACUAAGAAAGACAAGGAUCAGUUUGGGAAGCGCAAGUUCAACGAAGCCGGGAGUUCAAGUACAAUUCGGUUACUGGCGAAAAAUGUACCACAAGACGCCAGUAAGGACGAGAAGAUCAAUGCGUUGCAAACAGCGCUCAACAAGAUGAAACAGACGGGCACGCUGGCCCCAGAAUUCUCCUCGAAUGAGGUUGUUGAUAUGGCUAAGCAAAAGGCGGCGGCAGAGGAAGCGAAGAGGAAGACAGCCAUUAUUGUGCACACAGCCGCCGAACACGUGCAAUAUCUCGCCACUAUCGAGGCUGAGAUGGAGAAGGAGGCGGCCGAGGAAAAGCAGGCACUCACCAAACAGAGCAAGGCCGUUGCACAGGAAGUGAUUAGGAAGUUACAAAGGGAGUAUGAUGACAUGAAGGCGAAGGCAGCCUUAGCUGAAGAGAGGGAGCGCAGGGCAAGGGAAGUGGCUGAAGAAAAUAGGGUCAGCCAGGACGCGCAGAAGGUUUAUGGCCCUCCUGUACCACCCUCGAUAGCUGAAGAACGGCCGGAGGAUGUGACAUAGGUGCCCAUGCGUGUACCGUAUGGUUAUAAGUUAGACAUGGCUAUGAAUGUAUACAGGAAGCGAGGAGGCGUAAGAAAACAUGGAAACAGCGGUGGCUCCAUCUAGAGAAUCGCAGCGCAAGUCGAGAGAAUCAGAUGUACUGGCCUACAUCUUCACCUCAAAAUGCGCUGACAGUCAAUGCCAGGGGCUGUUUUGAGCAUACACAGGUCUGUGUGUUUGAGAUGACAAGUUGAUAGUGGCCUGGGAAUUGAAUUAAAUGGUACAGAAACUAAAUGAAGAUGCAGACGUGCAAGCGGGAGAGGCACCGCACAUUAGAAGAACUGUAUUGGUUGGCGGGCCGUACAGCCUGUGAUGCCACAGUACCCGCUCAUUAGCACAAGAUAUAGGUAAACGAGAACGUCACAAGCACAAGAUAUAUAUAAACCAGAACGUCUCGAGCACAAGAAAUAGGCAAACGAGAAUGUGACAACAAAUGCGGAUGUGUUGCUGUCGCUUACAAGUUUCUUGUUGGGUUUCAAUGGAGCGGUCGGAGGCCGCAGUAUGCGUGCGAACACGCGCACGCGCGUUAGGGUGAGCGAGGAUGUGGGUAAAUGUGUAUUUUUGAAGUUGUAAUAGUCACUAUCAAGUUUUGGUAUACUCCCGAACAGAAAGCUCGGCGAAGUGCAUACCUGUAACCAGUUUGAACACUCCUAGUAUCUUGAGAACAUGUGAGGCCGUGGACAACAGACUACGCAGUGAACGGCAUGGAAACUGAAGCUUUUGUUCUCACAAGCCAUACGGGCUAUAAAUCAAGCCCACGGGAGUCUUAUAAUUGGUAUGUGGCGACAUUUCAAAUUUUGAGUUUUAAUGACACGUGACGAUCGCCACAAUUCAGAAAAACAUAUAAGCUGUGUAGGGCAUAUCCAAACUACGAGUCGAUGUGGCUCCACCCUUUCUGCCUGUUUAGUUCGUUCAGAUUAAAACCGUGUCUUUGUUGUAUGCAUUAAAAAUCAC